UGGGAGGGGAAAAGGAGUACUACUUGGCAUGUGCAUGUCAGGAAAUUUAUGCGCCUCCUUCCGCCUAUGUAUCUCUGCGAGGAUUCUCAGUUGCAGGCUCUUUCCUCGGAGGCGUGCUGGAAAAAGUGGGUGUCGAACCGCAAGUGGAAAGAAUUGGAAAGUACAAAAGCGCCGGCGACCAACUUGCUCGGAAAGACAUGAGCUUGGAGAACAGGGAAAUGCUGACGUCGCUUCUCGAGGACAUCUACAGCGGUUGGCUUGAUACUGUUGCAGCAUCGCGAGGUAAGACCAGGGAGGAGGUGGAUGCCCUUCUGCAGUCUGGCACAUUUGAGACCGAGAAGCUGAAGGAAGGCGGUUGGUUAACAGACUUGAAGUAUGAGGAUGAGAUUGAGGAGAUGCUCAAGGAAAGAACUGGGGUUACUAAGAAAGAUAAGCCGCCUCGUAUCGUUGAGUACCGACAACAAGGCAUUCAAAGCAGUUGUCGUGCGAAUCGACAGUCCAGGAGGCGACGCCCUGGCAUCUGAUCUGAUGUGGAGAGAGCUUCGAUUGCUCAGCGAACAAAAACCGGUCAUUGCGUCGAUGUCUGACGUGGCAGCCAGCGGUGGCUAUUACAUGGCAAUGGGUACGAACGUGAUAGUCGCCGAGAAAUUGACGCUCACUGGAUCGAUUGGCGUUGUUAGUGCAAAGAUCAACCUUGGUAAUCUGUACAAGAAGAUUGGAUUUAAUAAGGAGGUGACGUUGGUGGAGUUGUCAAGGCAGGAGCCGACUCUCGGUGCCAUCCUUUCAAGCGCGGCUACGGUUAUCGGCUGGCCGGCCGAGAUUCGCGCUGUCCAUAAAUUGAGUAAAUUUCUGAUAGUGUUAGCGUCUGUCCUGGACGAACUUUCCCUCCCAUCUGCCACCACGGUCCCGAGGGCGGCGGCGACGACGACCUUGCCGCAAGUGGCGCAAUGGAUGGCGCCCGACGGAGUGCGAUCGGCCGAUGUUCGUCUCGCCGCCGACAGCCUUGCGGGCGGUUGGGAAGGGUCCCUCCUCCCUCAAAGUCUAAUUCAACAGCUCGGCGACGACAACUGAUGGAGGUUUUUUCUUGCGGCGUUCCGCCAGCCACUUCUCUUUUUUUUUUUUUUUUUUAGGAGAGGGCAUUUUUCAUGAAUGCCCCCAGAAAACAGAUACAUCGACGCAAUUGUCCCCUACCUUCUUCGUCCUUUGUUUUCUCCUUUUUUUUUCUUUUUUUUUUUUCGGUUCCCCUCUUUUUGUUCGGAUUUGAUGCCCUAUUAGCCCUAAAGAUUUAUUUUCUUUUUUGAAGUUUUUUGAAGUUUUUUGAACUUUUCCUCUUAAUCUUUUUACUUCUUCUACCCCAUUGAUCGAUAGCUGGUGCUCUAUUUGGAUGUACAAUUUGUAUCAUUUAGAUUUCACUUUCAAAUUUCAUUUUUCUUUUUCAAAUUUGUUUGUAAUCUUUUAUGAGUUUUACUUCUUGUACUUUUUCUUGUACCGCGAACACUCGUCUUUACUCGGUGUGUUGGGUGUGAAUCUGACUCACCGCGGUAAUUUCUAAGUUGCUUCAACUCAUCAGUCAGUCAACCUAAGUGCCCGGCUUCGCUACGCACAGAAUGUGCAAAAUGAGAAUGAAUCUUCUGCUAGAAU